AUGGACGCAUCAACGGACGAAGAAGAGUACGAGUACGACGCGGACGCCGUCGACACUUCCGACGAUUACGAAAUGUACGGGGAAGAAGAUACCAGCAUCGAUGAUCAAGAAGAUAUCUUAGGAGACGACUUGCUCUCCGAAGAUGAGGACGAGGACGACGAUUUUGAAGACGACGGCGAGGAGUUGGACGGCGAUUUCGACGCCGCCGCAGAAGAGGCGGCGACGCAAGCGGCAGCCACGAAAGCGGCGUCUUUGAAUUCAGCCGCCGCGGCAUUUGUCCCCGGUGGUGGUGCUGGUGCAGCUGCUGCACCGCCGCCGCCGAGACCACCGCCGCAAUUUCCAGGCCAAGGGGGAGGGCAACAACCUCCCUCGCAACAACAGGGCUUUGGAAAUACGAGCGGUUUGCCGCAGCGGAAUACUACCACCGCCGCUGCGCCCACAGCGGGUGCGGCUGGUGAGGGGGAACCAAUCACGCCACCACAAGCGCAAGGCCUUGGCGGUGGCUUGUUAGCGCGCACGGUAGCGCGCGUGGCGCCUCAAAAGGAACCGAUUGUUCCAGACGAAAAGCCAGACCCGAAGGAUGAACAAGCCACGAGAGCGUACGAGCUUCAACAGCUUCGAAUUAAACUGUUACGCUUGACAUCGAGAUUAGACCAAUCGCCGAGAAAUACGAUUGUCUCGCAAGUGAUUUAUCGUUUAGAGCUCGCGGAAACGUUAAAAUCUGGUAAAGGUACAUCGCCAUCGGGAGCGCAAAAGUCUCAAACGAAUACGUUCGAGCGCGCUGUGGCGCUCGCCGAGCACUUUGAAAAGAUAAACCCGAACGAGGAAUUGGAUUUUGACUGCACGAUUUUAAUGAUUGGUAAGCAAUGUGUCGGUAAAUCUUCCGUGAUCAAAUCGUUGUUAGUUCCGGACGCGCAAGACGAGAAGACUUUGGAGGCUUUGGAUGAAGAGACUACGAAAGUGAGAGUGAUUGAAACGACGGUGUGCGGGAUGAAGUUGAGAUUGAUUGAUACACCUGGUUUGCGAACCUCUUCGGCGGAUAUUCAGUAUAACUCAAGGAUUAUGGGUCAAGCGAAGAAGUAUUGCAACAAGCAUAAACCGGACAUUACGUUAUAUUUCGAUCGAUUAGACAUUCCGUUGCGAUCGGAAACCGCGGAUAUCAUGAUUUUGAAACAAGUCACCAACACGUUCGGUCCUGGGGUUUGGUUCAACGCCAUCGUGGUCUUGACGCACGCCGCUGGGGCUCCGCCAGAUGGACCAAACGGCCAGCCGAUGUCGUACGAGCUGUAUGUGGCGCAAAGAUCGCACGUCGUUCAACAGACUGUUCGUCACGCUUCCGGGGACGCGCGUUUGAUGAACCCGGUUGCGUUGGCAGAAAACCAUUCAGGUUGCAGAACGAACCGAACUGGAGAUAAAGUGUUACCGAACGGUCAAGCUUGGAAGCCACAGCUUUUGCUGCUCUGCUUUGCGAGCAAAAUUCUCGCGCAAGCAAAUACGCUAUUAAAGCUCGACGACGGAACGCAAAUGCUGAAGAAACGUCAGCAACAACAACAGCAACAAGGUAAAGUUGCGCCAUUACCGUUUCUCUUGAGUUCCUUAAUUACGACUCGUAAACCAAUACGGUUGGAAAUGGGCGACGAUGAUUUCGAAGACUUGGAAGAAUCCAUCAUUUCUGGAGAGCCGUCUCCGUACGAUGAGCCGAAUGCGGGGAAAGAUUUCUACAUGCCCAAGCAGUUGUGCGUCCCGGCCCCGGACCCGCAGUUCCCUCCUUCGUUUGAUUCGGAUACUGGUUCGCACCGAUAUCGUUAUCUUGAUACGAACCCACAAACGCUAGUUCGACCUAUGGUUGACGCGCACUCGUACGAGCACGAGACGGGCGUGACUGGGUUUUCAGUCGAUCGACAAGUGAUCAUUAAAGAUUUCAUCGGUGGCAAAGCGUCGGCGCAAAUCAAUAAAGACAAAAACGACUCGUCGUUUGCUUUCGAAGGCGAAUUGUCGGUUCCACACGGUAAGAAAGCAAUCACCACCGCUGGUGUCGACGUGCAGAACGUAGGUCAGCAAAGAGUGUACACAUCUCGGGCGGAAACUCGUUGGAAGUGGCACAGGGUGGACAAAAUCAUCGGUGGAUUGUCCAUGUCAUUCGUUGGAGGCCUGUUAGCAUUUGGCACGAAGAUUGAAAACCGAUGGAAGGCCCGAGAUGGAAUGAAGGUCGUCGUCAGUACCGGAGCUGUAAGUUCCAAGGGUCCACAAGGAAAAGAUGUCGCUUACGGUGGUAACUGCGAAGCCAUCAUUCGUCACUCUCAAGACGAAGGCGACGCGAACUCGUCCACCAUUGGAGCCUCAUUCAUGAAUUGGAGAGGUGACAUCGCCUUGGGUUGCAACGCUAUGAGCUCAAUCACAUUAGGGAAAGAUACGCAAUUGACUGGCAGAUUUAAUCUCAACUCGCGAGGCGCUGGUGCGGUUACCGUGCGUGCGACGUCGAACGACAAGUUACAAAUCGCAGGUGUGGGUUUGAUUCCGUUAUUGUGCGCAGUCUGGGGUAGAAUCUUCGGCGAUUAA